CCUGAAACCAUCAGGGCGACCAACAUGCAUGUAAACGCUACUUACAGUACAAGCCGCCAUCGAGAUACCUAUCUGAGAACUUGAGUCCUCAAAUACGUGCGAUUGAUUGCUCAAGUCGCUCUGAACUCUACCCACUUACACUAGCACCUCCGGCUUGCGAGGUCAAGUAUGACGGCCUACACGGAAGCUUGGGCCACUGGGCCGCAUUCCACCAGCUUCUACACGCGGACAUACGAGGCACUAUCUUCAAUCGCUGUUCUCGUGGCCGUUCACGGCGCUGCAGAACACUCUGGUCGGUACACGCAUGCCCAUACGUCGCUCGCCGAACGGGGCAUCACUGUCUUCUCGUAUGACCAGCGCGGAUAUGGGCGUACAGCACUAGACGAGCAGCACAAGAGCAAGGAUAGCGCAUAUGGCAAGACGUGCUGGGAAAAUCAACUAGAAGAUUUAGAUUGGGCUGUGCAAUACGUGCACACAAACUAUGCGGGCCUACCGGUCUUCCUCAUGGGCUCAUCUAUGGCAGGAAGUCUGUGCUUGAGCUUUGUGACGCAGCCAGGGUCGCCGCAGAGACAAUCCUCGGUUGAGGCUCUGUCGGGAAUCAUCGCUUCUGCGCCCACACUGCUACUCACCGAACGUCCUUCUUGGCUACUCCAAACAGCAAUAAGGAUACUUCGGUUGGUAGUUCCCAAUAUAUUGUUGCCAUUUAAGCAUAAUGGCGAGAAACUCUCCCACAACGAGGAAACCAACAAGGCCUACCUGGAAGAUCCUCUUGUUCGAGCACCUGGUAGUCUACUCUCCGUAUAUGAUCUCAUCGCCGAGGGGCAGCGUGUGUUGGUAGAUUAUUACAAGCAUUGGCCCGUUCAGCUACCGCUUCUCGUGCUGCAAGGAACAGCGGAUCUGCUGUCAGAUCCUGCAGCGACCCAGGAAUUCGUCGAGAAGCUCAUAGCCGAGGACAAGAAACUUGUGUUGUACCCUGAUGCACGACACGAGCUGCACAACGAACCCGUACAAACCGAAGUAGCGGAUGAAUGCAUCAGUUUCAUGGCACGCAUUGCCAGCAGACCAAACGGUGGUCCCGAGUAAUGAGCUGUGCAUGCUGUACGUGCUUACUUUCUGUUCCGGGCGUGGGCCGGCUGUUGCAUCCGGGUCCGACUGUCUGUUAACUGCGCUACUAGCGAUAUGUAGCACGCAGCUGACCGGGAGUACACGAUUGCAUAAUGGAACAAUGUCCUUGACUAUCCAAUACGACGUGUUUGCGAGUAUCGAAGGACUGUAAACAGAGCGAAGAUGAACGCCAAGCUC